AUGUCGCAAACCACCGAGCCCCUAUUGCAGCGUUCGCUGUAUGGCAAGUAUAGCAUGAACGAGCUUCUGCGCUGUGUACUAACGCCAGCACAGNUGUUUGACCUCCCACAAGAACUUCUCUCGACACUCGAACUCAAGCCCCAGAACAAUGCUGCCAUUACCGUACCCGAUGAACCCGAACCACUAGCUGCUAGCAACAGUAAGAGAAGCGAGACGGAAGAUGGAGCACCUUCGUCUGCAACGUCAUGUGGACUGUGUGGGCUGUCGUUCCCGAGUGUGCAAGAGCAGAGGAGUCAUGUGCGCAGUGACUUGCACGGCUACAACAUGAAGCAAAAGAUGCGCGGCCUGAAGCCUGUAGGCGAGAAUGACUUUGAGAGGCUGGUGGGAGACUUGGAUGAGAGCAUCUCAGGCAGCGACAGCGACGACUCGGCUAGCAGCGAUGACGACGGCAAGAAAGACACAACCUUGAGUGCUUUGCUCAAGAAGCAGGCAAACAUUGCAGAUCCGGACUUUGACGACUUUACAACUACAAAGACCAAGGUCGGCGCAGGCAAGCCACCACUCUUAUGGUUCUCAUCAUCCAAGCUGCCUUCCAAUGUUGCUCUUAGUGUCUACAGAACUCUCCUGCCUCCUACUGUCCAAGUUGGAGAUGCAGCAACCAUCAUACAGACCAUCAAGGACAAGCAACUCUCUCCCAAACCUCCACCAACACAACCUACCUCGGCUCCCACUGAAGAGUCAGGGGGCGUACCUCUGCCUCGCUCUCUCCAACCAGACACGUCCGCUACAGGUCCUCAUUACUUCCUCUGCAUGAUUGGUGGUGGUCAUUUCGCUGCCAUGGUCGUGUCGUUGACUCCCAAAAUGACAAAGAAGGCUGGUGUCGAGGAUCGUGCUGCCACUGUUCUCGCACACAAGACUUUCCAUCGCUACACAACCCGUCGCAAGCAGGGUGGUUCUCAGUCCGCCAAUGAUAGCUCCAAGGGUAAUGCUCACUCUGCUGGUGCUGGUAUUCGUCGUUACAACGAGGCAGCCCUGGUUGCAGAGGUUCGUCAAUUGCUGCAGGACUGGAAGGUCUGGAUUGACAGCAGUGAACUCAUCUUCGUCCGUGCUACGGGUACCACUAAUCGCCGCACCUUGUUCGGUCCUUAUGAGAAUCAGGUCUUGACUUCCAGAGACCAAAGGAUCAGGGGUUUCCCCUUUGCAACUCGUCGUGCGACGCAAGCCGAGCUGAUGCGUUCUNUUGUUGAGCUCACUAGAGUGAAGGUAUCUACCAUUGACGAAGCCGCCAUCGCAAGAAAAGCUCAAGAGGAGGAAGCUGCUCGUCAAGCUGCUGAANGCAAAGCUGCCGCCAAACCUGUCGCGCAAAAAUCCGUGAAGCCUAGCAAAGAGGACGAAGAGGCCAUGCUGCAUACUACCCAGCUACAAGCUCUCAUUCGUCGUUCGAAAGCUCCCGCACUAGUAUCAUACAUCACAUCCAACAACCUCUCGCCAAAUUUCACCUUCUUCCCCUCAGACAGUCCCCAAAACCACCACGCCCCUACGCCCUUGCAUCUGGCCGCAUCGCUAAACGCCCCUGCCCUCAUAUCGUCGCUGUUGCUGAAAGCAAAGGCCGACCCUACCGUCAAGUCCGCAGAAGGAAAGACGGCCUUUGAAAUUGCAGGCGACCGUGCGACCAGGGACUCCUUCCGCUUGGCUCGCUCAGAGCUGGGAGAGAAUGCAUAUAAUUGGGACUUGGCAGGUAUCCCAGCCGCACUUUCAAGAGCUGACUACGACGCUCGCGUACAGCGCGAGAAGGACGAAAAAGCAGCAGAAGAUGCAGCAGAGCAACAGCGACGGAAGACUGAGACGGAACGACUGCGGAAUGAAGAUAAGGUCAGAGAAGAGCAGGGUAAAGAGAAGAAGUACGGCAAGGGCAAGACACUGGCACAGAUGCUGCCCGAGAAGACAGCACAAGAAAAGAGAGAAGAAGAGGCUAGAGGCAUGACUCCCGAGAUGCGUAUGAAACUCGAACGAGAAAGAAGAGCAAGAGCUGCGGAAGCACGCUUCAAGGCCAUGAGUGGAGGUAGGUAG